CGACUGCCCACUUAUUAUUUGGAAUCUAUUUUUGGCUUGGUUCUUGGCUUUCUGUAGCGCAAAACCCACGGGCAUGGAGCGGAGGCCUGCCGAGCGUCCCCCGGGUAACCGCCACGAGUGCGACCACUGCCCCUACGUGACGGACCGCGCGGGCCACAUGGAGAAGCACCGCAGGACCCACACGGGCGAGAGGCCGUUCGCUUGCCCCGUGUGCGACCGGCGCUUCACGCAGCCAUCGGCCCUCCGCAGCCACGAGAGGACUCACACCGGCGAGAGGCCGUUCGCUUGCGACCUCUGCCCCAAGUCGUUCGCCGUCUCCUCCACCCUGCGGAUCCACGCCAGGACCCACACGGGCGAGAGGCCGUUCCGUUGCGACGUGUGUGGCAAGGCGUUCCCCGUGGCGUCCGCCCUGCGCAUCCACGCGCGGGUACACACCGGCGAACGGCCGUUUCACUGCGGGGUGUGCGGGCGGUCGUUCGCCCGGGCCUCUAACGCCCGCAACCACGCGAGGACGCACGCGGGAGACCGGCCGUUUCGCUGCGAGCGCUGCGACCGGGCGUUCGCGCGCUCGUCGCACUUCGCGAACCACCUGAGGACGCACACGGGCGAGAGGCCGUUCGCUUGCCCCCGCUGCGGCCGCGCCUUCUCGCAGGCCUCCCACCUGAGCGUGCACGCUAGGACGCACACGGGAGAGAAGCCCUUCGCGUGCGAGCGCUGCGGCAAGGCGUUCGCCCGCUCGUCGGCGCGCAACGCCCACCGGAAGACUCACGCGAGGGAGGGCGAGGAGACGGCGGCGGUGACAGGUGAGGGCUCCGAUGACACCAUCUUGGUGAAGCACCUUGGCGGUGACGGCCGCGACGUAGGAGUGCAGUACAACCCGGCGUACGGACCCCGCUUCCGCCUGGCGCCCGACAACUCGCUCGAGAUUGACGGGGCCGGCUUAGAAGAUGCGGGGAGCUACUCGUGCCACCUGUACCCAGAGCUCGGCGAAGUGGUGCACGUGCAGAGGACGAGACUCGUGGUGGUGAGAGUGGCAGAGACGAUCACCGAUUUGGCUGUUCAGGCCAAACACUUCACGGACGCUGCACUAGAGUCUCAAACCAGCCGUGGUGAUGGAUUUGAUGGUGGUGGUCUUGGUCAUGGUGAAGUUGGUGGCGCUGGUGAUGGUGAUCACGGUGGCGGUGGCUUUGAUUGUUUCUCGAUGGAAGCCAUCGUUUGCUACGCCAUUCUCGCCAUCACAGCGCUCAUGCUCGCCGUCUUUCUG